AUGAAGCAGAAACAGAACAGACUGAAAGAAGAAACCCUGGACAAGCUCCUUAUGAUUUCUAUUGUUGGUCUGUGUGCAGGAGUAUUCAUCUGCAGAGGGAAGGAGGAUGCCCUCGUGACCAGGAACAUGGUGGUAGGAGAGAGUGUGUACGGCGAGAAGAGGAUCAGUGUGGAGGAGGGUGAUACCAAGAUGGAAUAUAGAGCCUGGAAUCCAUUCCGCUCCAAGCUGGCAGCAGCAAUCUUAGGAGGCAUAGACCAGAUCCACAUCAAGCCUGGGGCCAAAGUGAUGUACCUCGGAGCUGCCUCUGGAACCACAGUGUCCCACGUGUCCGACAUCGUUGGGCCGGAGGGCUUGGUAUAUGCUGUGGAGUUUUCACAUCGAUCAGGUCGUGAUCUUCUCAAUGUAGCAAAGAAGAGAACCAACAUCAUUCCAAUUAUUGAAGAUGCUCGUCACCCCCACAAAUAUCGCAUGUUGGUUGGAAUGGUUGAUGUGAUUUUCGCGGAUGUUGCACAGCCUGACCAGACAAGGAUAGUUGCUUUGAAUGCUCACAACUUCCUGAAGAAUGGGGGACACUUUGUUAUCUCUAUAAAGGCUAAUUGUAUUGACUCAACGGCGGCUCCAGAAGCAGUCUUUGCCUCAGAAGUGAAGAAGAUGAGUGCAGAAAACAUGAAGCCACAGGAGCAGCUCACACUGGAACCAUACGAGAGGGACCAUGCUGUGGUGGUGGGCGUCUACAGACCUCCCCCCAAACUGAAGAAAUGAGGAUGGGAAGAAGGUGGACGGUGGCGCCUCACUCACCUGUGCAGGUGGUUGCUGGGUGGGACAGUCCUGCUGCACUCCGGGUAACUUUUGGUGGAGAGCUGGUUUCAGUUCCUUCUGAUAUCACGGUCCAUCGUUGGCUUUGGACUCCAUGCUUUCGACCUGCAGCUCUUUCAACUGAAAACCAUCGGAGCUGUUGCCUCGUAACCAGACGUUUGCUGUUUUUAACAGGAUGAAUGUUUUUGUUGCCAAGAUGACACGCCCCACGUUAUGAUUUCUGAAAGUGAAGGUUUUUGUUUUUUUUUAAGUCUCUACCCCUUCCAAAUUAACAUGUUUACAUUAAGCACAUGUAAAUGUUAAUUUUGAAGGGUUGGGGGUAGAGAGGUGAAUUUAAAAAAGUUUACAUUGAACACAUUUUAGGGCUAUCCCAUGAUUAGCAGGUUACUGGGUGUUUGCUUCCCCCCCCAGUUUGAACACUCCUUGAUUUCUGUGGGGUGGUAAUGACUGUAACCAGCCAUGUGGGGGCAGUAGCCUGUCUUUAGUACUGUUUCCCCAUCAGCUUAAACAUACUUGAUCCAGCGGUUCAUGUGGGUUGUGGUUGUGGCCCCGCUCUGAGUGUAUGGAAUAUCCCACUUUCUGUUCAUGUGUUGCUCAGCUGUGUCUCAGCGCUCUGAACUGUUGGAAGGUCUUUGGUUUUUGGAGAGUAUACUGGAAGUACCCACAGUGUAGGUGGAAAAAAUGGCCUGAGGUGUUUUCGUGUUUUAUACUUAUUAAAAUGACGUGCUUUCACUCUGCUGGAGCUUUCAAAUAAAUUUUUUUUUCUUCAA